AUGAUGGAAGACAAACAAGAAAGUAUUGAUUCUAUCUCUAAAGCAAUUGUUAGAGUUUUUUAUAAUUUACAAAAAGUACAAGAACCAAACGAAGAUGGGAAAACAUAUUCUGGAAGUGUGUCGACAAGAUGUUUAAUUGAAAGUUUUGGUUGGUCAGGAAGUGAAGUUUUUGAACAACAUGAUAUUCAAGAAGUCACAAGAAUUCUUUUGGAUGAUUUACAAGAGAAAAUGAGAGACACUUCAGUUUCGAGUGUAAUUCCUAAUUUACUGGCAGGUAUUGUGGAGAGUGGAAUUGAAUGUAUCAAUGUUGAAUAUAAUAGUUUCAAACAAGAUUUAGUUUAUGAUAUACAAUUGGAUGUUAAAGGUUGUAGAGACAUUUAUGCCUCCUUUGAUAAGUAUAUCAAACCAGAAUUAUUAACUGGUGAUAACAAAUAUCACGCAGAAGGACAUGGAUUACAAGAUGCAAAGAAGUAUUCCAUGUUUACAGUCUUACCUAAAGUUUUAAUGUUACAUUUGAAGAGAUUUGACUAUACUCCAUUUGGAACAUUACAAAAAGUUUCAGAUAUUCAUCAAUUCUAUGAUGAAAUUGAUUUGACAAAAUAUGUCAAACAAAAAGCAAAGAAAAACAAGAAGGAAUACAAAUAUCAUUUACAUGCUGUUCUCAUUCAUAAAGGCUCAACUGUGAACAGUGGACACUAUGUUGUGGCAGUUAAUGUAAGUGAUGAUGUUACUAAGAAAGAGUGGUAUUUGUUUGAUGACGAAAGAGCAACCAAGAUUUCUCCUCUUGAUGCUAUUGAGGCAAACUUUGGAGGUGCUUAUAAUACUGCCUACAUGUUGGCAUACGUUAGACAUGAUGCUGUUCAAGAGGUUUUGAGCCCAAUGAACAGAGAGGAUAUUCCAGAUAUUCUCAGAAGUACAUUCAAAAAUGAUGAAUCUGGUUGUUCAAUAAUGUAA